AUGUUACACGAUGAGGUUGAACGAGAACGCAGGCAAGCAUACGAGGAUACCUUGCAGACUUUCUUUGCUUGGGGGCAAUGCUUACAAACGGGAACAGCGAUCGCAACGUCGAAGGUGACGCUCGUACCAUACGAGGCUAGGCACGUUGAGCAGUAUCAUGAGUGGAUGAGCGAUCCGGAUAUCCAAGAGGCUACGGCAUCGGAGCCUCUAACCUUGGAAGAGGAGUACGAGAACCAGCAAUCAUGGCGGACGUCGCACGACAAACUCACCUUCAUCAUUUGCGAGCCUCUGCCUGCAACCUCCGACGCGGCCAGUGCGCAGGCUGGCGAGGUUGACGCUCCUGCCCGCAUGAUUGGAGACAUUAACUUCUUUGUAUACCCUCAUGACGAUGAGGAAGAGGGCGAGGGUGCGUAUGUUGGUGAAGUGGACGUGAUGGUCGCUGCGAAGGAACACCGUGGUAAAGGCGUGGGAUAUGCUGCCGUCACAUCGUUGCUAGUUUAUGUGCAUCAGAACCAGGAUCGCAUUCUGAAGGAGUAUAUCGAGGGCGAGGGAAAAGGUGGAAAAGCGGAGUUGAAGGGGCUGAUGGUUAAGAUCAAGGAGAACAACGCGGCCAGCAUCGCGCUCUUCAAGAGAGUCGGGUUUACGCAGAAAGGGGAGGUUAAUUACUUUGGGGAAAUAGAAAUGGUCCUCAAAGACUUAGAUCAGUUUAUCAAGUCUCCUUCCGGGCUCAAAGCCACGGCGGAGUUUCGAGAAAUCGUUUACUCUAGAUAA